AUGGACAAGGACUCUGCUGCCUCCGCUUCCUCCUCGUCCAAGCAGGCGGCCACCGGCGGCGGCAGCGGCCAACAACCGAGACGGGUGCAGGUGACGGCCAAACUGCUUUUCGGCUCCGUCUCCGCCAUAUCGUCGAUGAGCGCGGCCGAGCGCGGCCGCAAAAAGCAGCAGCAGUAAAGUGAGGUUGCUCCUCUUGCUGCUGUGGUUGGCGGGGCCAGCGCACCCCUUCACCCUGCCGCCCUUCCUCAGCCGCCUCUUCAACUACUCGCCGGCGGUGGAGGUGGAGGGGCGCUCCGACCUCAACCCCACCCCCAAACUAACCCC